AUGCAUUACCCCGAGCAAGCCGUUGCAGUAAUUAUUCCCGAGGAGGUACCAUCCAUAUAUACCGAACGCCUUCUCCUGCGGCCCCUAAGGAUCGACAACGACGAAGACGCCGCGGGAAUAUUCAGUAUCAGAAGCCGACAAGAUGUCGUUGAUUGGCUGUGGCCAAGAGUGGCAGAUGCCACUAUCGAAGAAACCAAAGCCCACAUGACGAGAAAGGUGUUCACAGAUCCAGACGCAGCCGGUGCUGUUGGGCGGUUAUUCUUCUUUGUCAUUAUUCCAAAAGACGAACCUGAUCGCAUCAUUGGAUCCCUUGGUGUUAACUCUUUAUCGCCCGCUCCCACGGUGGGAUACGCCAUGCAUCCCUCGUACUGGGGGAGGGGAUACGCCAGCGAAGCCUUACGAGGGGUGAUCGACGCAUGGUGGAAGCUGCCUCGGGUCGAUGGCUUGGGACAUGAGGAGAAAUUGUUCGCGGUGGUUAAUUUGGCUAAUAAAGGGAGUGUGAAGGUUUUGCAGCGAAAUGGGUUCAAAAUUUACAAGGAAGUCGUGCUUGAGGGGGACACGGUGGCUUCUAUGGAGUUAGAGAGCCCUCGCCGAGCGGUUUCUUGA